AUGGGUAGCGUCACCAGCCCAACGCGCUCUUUACGGAGCAACACAAACUUUCCAGCUGAAGAACCGUCUGCUCAGAAGUUGUUCAAUAACAUUCGAAAUGUGAUAUUGAGCACAAACCACUCUACAGAUCUUACUUUUGAAAAUAUUUUUCCUUCUGCCGGGUUUCAGAUUGCAACCUCGUUUUCAGAGGAUCCCGAGAUUGAAAGACUGCUUCCCCGAAUUUCCUAUAACCCGUUAACUCAAGUUCUGACUGCCCGAGUUAUGCCGACUACGGUCCAUGACUGCCACCAAGAGUGGCUUUCAAACGAGCUGCUCGAUAUGGUUAUGGCCGGGUUCUUGACGGUAGCAGAAAGAAAGGAACUGAGACUCCGCGUUGGAACGAGUUUUACUGGUUUUGCGGCACCAUAUACUUCCGCUGUAAAGGAACCUGAUGCGUGUAUCCUCCCGGACUCAUUACCCCUACCAACUGUUGCUGUCGAGGCAGGCUGGUCGGAGUCUUGGCCACGGUUGGAGGCUGAUAAGGAUCUCUGGCUUGUUGGAGGCGCAGCUGUUGAACUCGUGCUGCUAAUUCGAUGGACAAAUAUCAGUAGCGGCCGUAUAAAGGGGGAUUUGCACGUUCAUGGAAGGGAUCCUGCUGGGAGAGUUGUCUUAUUACGAACCGAGUCAAUUUUUCCUGCGCCGACAAACAAUACAAACCAGGUGAUCCCGAUAUCGAGAAGGCAACUCUUUGGCAGUUGCAUCUUUCCCAACAGAAAUCCUGCAGAUACUUAUAACCUUUCUAUUACGAACUUGCGCAGAAUGGCAGAUGGGCCUAUUAGGUUUAUGGGUUUUAUUCCAGCUUAA